AUGGGCACUUCCAAUGGUGAUCUAGUCCAGGCCAUUUGCGAAAGAAUUCCAGGAAACGGCGGUUCGAUCUGCCAAGAUAUCAAGGCAGAAGAUGAGUGGUGCGGCUAUACGUACACCCUUAAGGCGUCUGGCGACCAACCCGCGGGAUCGGAAAGCCGCUUCAAGGCCGGCGACCAUUUCCUAAUGAAAUACGUUUACAACGAUGACACUGCGCAGUACGAUCAGUACGCGUAUCUAAACGGCGACCAAGUGUCCCAGUUGAGCACUGAUUCUGGGCAUGCUGGAGGAUUUGGCUCCGCCGUUGAAUGCGCCGCUACUGACUGUGGUACUGUUCCAGCUCAUGAGUGGAUUGAUACUGUUCUGACAAUGGAUAUUGCUGAUCCAAAUUACGGAGACACGUUUGGGUACAACAAUGCGGAUGUCACGGACUUUUACACCCCCGAUGGUGGAAAGACCUGGAAGUUGAACUCCGCCAAGAUUCACGAAUUUACAUUCACUUGA